GUCUCUCCCAGUAGGGCGGGCAGGGCUCGGUGACAGCAUCAGGCAGCGCCUGGGUGGAAGAGACCAUCUGACCGAGCUGGAGAGGGGAGGUGCUACAGGCGCCAGACCUGCCCAGCGAUGGCGACGCGCCCAGGGGUCUCCUCGGGGGAGGAAGGACCCAGCUCCCCCCUCCCAGUGGUACCGUAACCCACCCCCUCAGCGCACGUGGCCAUGAAGCGGGGUGGCCGGAGGGGCCCCCAGCCCCGUCGCAGCCCUGGGCUCCCCGAAACCAAACGCCGCGGCCGAGCCCAGAGGAUGAACAAAGAUGUGGAGGAGCUGGAAUCGGGGCUGCAGCGCCUGGAUCUGAGCGUGGAGGGGCCGGUGCCUGUGGGGACGGGUCUGGCCUUUGACGAGCGGCUCACGGAGUUCCAUUGCCUGUGGGACGACAGCUUCCCCGAGCGCCCAGAGAGACUCGCGGCCGUCAAGGGAAAGUUGCUGCAAUGCGGCCUAUGGGAGCGCUGUGUCCCGGUGGAGGCCCGGCUGGCUACCGAGGAAGAGAUUCUGCUAGCCCACAGCCAGGAGUACCUGGAGCUGAUGAAGUCGACGGAGCAGAUGAGUGAGCAGGAGCUCAGGGCCCUGUCAGAGACGUACGACUCCGUCUUCCUGCACCCGGGUUCGUACCGUGGCGCCCGGCUGGCUGGCGGCUGCGUCCUGCGGCUGCUGGAGAAGGUGCAGGGCGGGGAGCUGCGCAAUGGGCUGGCGCUGGUCCGGCCACCAGGACACCACGCCCACCGGGAUAAGAUGGAUGGUUACUGCAUGUUCAACCACCUGGCCAUCGGGGCCAGAUACGCCCGGCAAAAGCUGGGAGUGGAACGAGUCCUGAUCGUCGACUGGGACGUUCACCAUGGGCAGGGCACCCAGUUCCUCUUCGAGGAGGAUCCCAGUGUUCUCUAUUUCUCCGUCCAUCGCUACAAGCAGGGGAGGUUCUGGCCCCACCUGCCGGCGUCCGACAGCCCCGCCGUGGGGCAGGGGCGUGGAGAGGGAUUCAAUAUCAACGUGCCAUGGAACGCGGUGGGAAUGAGGGACGGGGAUUAUCUCGCUGCCUUUUUACACGUCUUACUGCCAGUGGCCUUUGAGUUCCAUCCCCAGCUGGUUCUGGUGGCCGCCGGGUUUGACUCUGUGCUCGGGGACCCCAAGGGUGAGAUGGCGGCGUCGGCCGCCUGCUUCGCUCACCUGACUCAUCUGCUGAUGGCCCUGGCGGGGGGCAAGGUGCUGCUGUCUUUGGAGGGUGGCUACAAUCUGAGCUCCCUGGCCGAGGGGGUCUGUGCGGCCCUGAGGACCCUCCUGGGGGACCCCUGUCCCCGGCUGGAGCCGCCCGUUGCCCCCUGUCGCAGCGCUCUGAGCUCCGUGUCCAGGACGCUCGCGAUCCACGAGAAAUACUGGUGGAGCCUGCGCAGAGCGGAGGCCGACACCCCCCCAGAGGAUGUGGAAGAAGAGCCAGCCCCCACGACCCCCCCAGUCCCCCCUGAGGUGCCGCGACCCCUCCCAGCUGCCCGCACCGGCCUGGUGUAUGACGAACGCAUGACGGAGCAUUACAACAUGUGGGACAGCCAGCACCCGGAGCUGCCGCAGCGGGUCUCCCGCAUCUUCCAGCGCCACGGGGAGCUGCGGCUCACGGAGCGAUGCCGCCGCAUCCCGGCCCGCAGUGCUGAGGAAGAGGAGCUGAGAAUGUGCCACAGCCCGGCGUACGUGCAGACGGUGAAGGCCACGGCUGGCAUGAAGCCGCGGGAGCUGCACCGCCAGGGGGACCAGUACAACUCCAUCUACAUCUGCGCCAGCUCCUACGAGUGCGCCCGGCUGGCGGCCGGCUCCGCCUUCAACGCCGUGCAAGCCGUGCUGGAGGGCGAGGUGCAGAACGCCGUGGCCAUUGUCCGGCCUCCCGGGCAUCACGCCGAGUCCGACACGGCCUGUGGCUUCUGCUUCUUCAAUUCGGUAGCCCUGGCAGCUCGUUUCGCGCAGCGCCUGGCGGGACGGCCCAUGAGGGUGAUGAUCCUGGACUGGGAUGUUCAUCACGGCAACGGUACCCAGCACAUGUUUGAGGAAGAUCCGAGCGUGCUGUACGUCUCUCUGCACCGCUACGACCACGGCUCCUUCUUCCCCACCUCCGAGGACGCCGACGCCGACCGGGUGGGGGAGGGGCCGGGCCGCGGCUUCACCCUCAACGUGCCCUGGAACGGCCCCCGCAUGGGCGACGCCGAGUACCUGGCCGCCUUCCACCGCCUGGUGCUGCCUGUCGCCUACCAGUUCGCCCCGGAGCUGGUGCUGGUGUCGGCCGGGUUCGAUGCCGCCCGCGGGGACCCGCUGGGGGGCUGCCUGGUGAGCCCCGAGGGUUACGCCCACAUGACCCACCUCCUGCUGGGGCUGGCAGGGGGCCGGGUCGUGCUGGUAUUGGAGGGAGGCUACAACCUGGUGUCGAUCUCCGAAUCCAUGACCAUGUGCACCCGGACCCUGCUGGGGGACCCGCUGCCCGAGCUGCGGAGCCUGCGAGCUCCCCACCCCAGCGCCCUGCAGUCGCUGGCCCGGGCGAGCGCCGAGCACCGCAGAUACUGGGCCUGCCUGCGACUGGACGUGCCGAUCCGGGAGGACUCGAGGCCCCGAUCCGGGCAGCCGGGCCCCACCCGGGAGGACUCCCCACCAGAGGAUCCCCCAGGGGGCACCCAGAGCCCCCCGGUCUCCGAGGGCUCGGUCGAUGACACCCUGAGGCUGGGAGCUCUCUGCCUCAGCGACGAGGCGGGGGCCGACUCGGGCUCCCCACAGCUGAGCCCUGACUCCGCCCUGGUGGGCGGGGCUUCCCCUGGAGGGGCGGAGCCUCCAGCUCCAGAGGAGUCAGAGGACCCCCCCAGCCUCCUGGAUGAAGCAGCUGCCCUGCUCCCCUCCCCCUCCAUCAGCCUGGGGGUGGAGUUCGCAGACACGGGGACGCUCUACGCCGUCACCCCUCUGCCUUGGUGCCCCCAUGUGGACUCGCUGCAGCCCCUUCCCCCGGCCGGGCUGGACGCGCUGGCGCCGUGUGAGGAAUGCGGCAGCCAGGGCGAGAACUGGGUCUGCCUGGCCUGUUACCGGGUGCUCUGCGGUCGUUACGUCAAUCAGCACAUGCUGGCUCACGGCUCCGUUUCCGGCCACCCCCUGGUGCUGAGUUACGCCGACCUCUCGGUCUGGUGCUACACCUGUCAAUCAUACGUCCAUCACCCGACCCUGCUGCCAGCCAAGACCCUGGCUCACCGCAUGAAGUUCGGGGAGGACCCGGCCGCCGGGCUUUGAGCCCUGCACCACAGGAAAGGGUGUGUGCUCAGAUUCUCCCCCCCACUCCCUCCAUGAUGGACCAACCCACUCUCUUAAAGGGCUACAGCUGUGCCAAACGACUUACCAGCAGUGAGGAAGGACUCUUUCCCCCCCCCCUUCAUUCACCGGGGGUGGUUGCUCCCUCCCCACACCCUCUAGGCCUAGCCCCCUUGAUCUCCACCCCCCAGGCAUGAGACAAGCCUGCUUCUGCUCCAGCCCAUCCCCCACUCCCCCAGCAGGCAGUGAGGGUCACAGGGGGGGCAUCCAUUCCUAACCCCCCCACCCCCCAGAUAAACCUGGGAGCAGCCGUAUUAACACCCCCGGGGCUCUCAGGAGCCAUUUCUCCCCCCAAGGGGGGGUGCGGACUGACUCUGUGGAUCGGGUGCAAAUGGCCCCUUCCCCCCGAAGGAGGUGAAGCUAAAGGCUCCUUUAUAAACUCUGGUGCGCGCUCUGCCACGCUUCAGCUGGCCAGCAGGGCCUCCGUUUUUGUUAGUGUAGGACCUACGAUAAGCGGGCUGGGGGCCAGGCUCCAUGGACACAAUUUGGGGUGGGAUGGAAUAUGGACCUUUCCCCUGGAGGGGGCACCGGCCCCGGGCGGGCGACAGGCUCUCGCUGUCUUUGCUUUUCGGGUUGAUUACUGCAAUACAAGGUUAAUGACG